GAAAGACCGCGAGUGCUUAGAACUUUCGUAACUGUCGAGCCUGCUGCGAACAACCAGGCACUAUAUAGUAUUGACAGGGCAGAGAAGAGUUUCUGAAAUGCAAGAGACUAAUAUAUUGAGUUUACAGCAAUCCAGAAUACGUUCGUGACAGCGAGUUACCAUUGAGGAUGACCAGGAAAUUACAGCAAAUACGACUGCUACGAGAAAAAGGAAGUGAUACCUGUUCUGGGAGAAAGCCAGAAACACAACCUGCAAAUGUUCUGGACUUUGUGAAUCUUCUAAAAUAGCAUCUUGCAAAUACACUGGAAAAAGCGGAGAUACUGAAACAUACACGAUGGGAUUUAGCAGUUUGAUGAUUGACAUGUGCCAGUCAUCUCUAGGCAUCUAAUUCGAACUCCUCGCCAUCAACGGUGGACGGCAAAAGUGUGACUUUAAGAUUCACGAGAACUCGGUAAUUGUCUCCCGGUGUGGGUGGGAGGAUUCCAGCCUUUGAAAAAUCAGAUCUGUGUGCUUGUUUUGCAUACUGAGCACCAAUUGCACAUGCAAGUGCACACACACGCGCACGUGCAUUCACUCAGACACACACACAUUAACGCAAGCACAUACGCUCGCGCACAGUCUCUCCCUCUGCCUCUGCACUGCACCAUGUCAGACACUGGGAGGCAUGUGCGAUAACAGUACCCAGAUCCACAGUGACGGAGACCCCGUUUUGAGCGUGAUGAUGUUCGCCGCCGGGGUGGUGGGGAACCUGAUGGCACUGGUUAUCCUGGGCGUGCACCAGAGGGGACGUCCGGGCAAGGCGUCCGUCUUCUCCAUCCUGGUGACGGCUCUGGUGCUGACUGACCUGCUGGGCACCUGCGUGGUCAGCCCGCCUGCCUUCAUCGCCUAUGCCCGCAACACCUCCCUGGUGGGCCUGGCGGGCCCGGCGGGUAGCCGGGGCUUCUGCAACGUCUUAGCCUUCUCCAUGACGUUCUUCGGUCUGGCCUCCAUGCUCAUCCUGUUCGCCAUGGCCGUGGAGCGCUGUCUGGCCAUCAGCCAUCCCUACAUCUACUCCAAGCACAUGCGGACGAGCUUCGCCAAGGUCGCCCUGACACUGGUCUACCUCCUCUCCGGCUCCUUCUGCUCACUCCCCCUGCUAGUCCGGGUCCCGUACAAGCAGUACUGCCCGGGGACCUGGUGCUUCCUCCGGAUGGAGGGGAAGGAGCUGGCCAUCUCCCUUGCCUACAUCUCGGUCAUGGCGCUCCUGAUCACGGCGAUCUGCCUGUGCAACACCUCGGUCAUCGUGAGCCUAUGCCGCAUGUACCACAGCCACCUGGUCCGGCAGGGCCCUGCGGCGAGGAAGGGGGUGCCGUGGUUCCGCCGCGGCGAGGAGGAGCUGGACCACCUGGUGCUGCUGGGCUCUAUGACCAUCAUCUUCAUUAUCUGCACCCUGCCGCUGACUGAUGUUGGUUUAACGUCUGAUUUGGAAGGUGCCAUCUCCUACAGGCAGUCCCCAUCACUCCUGUGGAAGCCCAGGAAGUCUUCAGUCCAGGUCUGUGGCUUUGUCUGUGCCAUCUUGCCAGCCAAUGACCAGAAGAUGCUCUUGGCCUUGCGCUUCUUCUCUCUCAACCCCAUCCUGGACCCCUGGGUCUUCAUCAUCUUCCGCAAGGUUGUCUUCCAGCGCCUCCACUCCCUGCUUCGCUGCUGCCUCCGUGGUCCCAGAGCCCCAUCCGACCCACCCUCAUCCAUGCCCCUCAAUACCGGCCAGAUCUUCACCUCUACCAUCCUCCCUUUGGGAGAGCUGGGAUCGUAAGGCGGGGGGUAGGCAAACCCUGGCGCCAGAGCGGCCGGAGGUGUUUCUGCCAUUUGUUUCCAUCCAAACGCUACAUCACACAAUCAGAUUGAUCACCACCAGCAAUUGCAUGCACGAGGAACCCAGUGUUUCACCAUUCGGACUUAAUAUAGUAUACACCCAACUUGUGUAGAGAAGAACUGCAGUUUUUCGGAUAGCCCCAUGGAACAAUCCUAUGCUGGAAAGGGACAGGCACUGAUAUUUGCAUCUGUGCGUGCUCCAAUGGGACAGUUAUGCCUACAGGUCAGACCAGGGUGCCAAGGAAGAUGAGCGCUUGACGGCAUCCCCACUCAUGUGUCUCAUUCAUAAGGAGGAGUCAUCAAUCAAGUGACAUAAGUAGUCCUGUUGACCAACCAUAAGUCCCCUGCACACAGACUAACCAGCUGGAUAUUCAUACUGCACAUAGGGGCAGAUUUUGGACUGUGCUUCAUUUGGAUGUACUGCACAUACAGUGGACCUGCAUAACUGACUCAUUAACUUGCUCCAUCCACAUUUUACUCCAGUCAGUUGACCACUAUUCUCCAUCUUUGAAUGACAACCUUAUCGUGUGACAGCAUUCACAAGCUUCCUACUGUCUGGCAUUAAUAGAUGAACUGAGAACCUAGCAUUCAAUACAAUAGGCAAAUUAGUUUAUGAUGGCACAGAAUAUCCACCAUAAAAUCCAAUAGUUGUUUGCAAAUUUGUUGUUAAUUAUUGAAAAUGUGAUUGUGAAGUCAGAUAUAAAAUGACUACUAUAUCCAAAAGGAAGAAUAAGAGUUUUACACAGUUAUGUCCAAACAAUAUUACCCAGCGCACUUCUAUUCUGUUCUGGUAUACUACAUGACUACA